UUUUCCACCGCGCAGGCGCCCUGAACCAAACGUCAAGCAUAGUAUAUCCGCGAAGAUGGCGGCACCGUACAGCGAAGUGUAAGAGUUCAGCCCGUGGGCCCCUCGUUCCCCUCUUUUCACAUCUGACGUCUUUGUUUGUUGUCCUGGUAACCGCGUAGCGUUCCUCUGUCUCUGGAAAAGGGCAUCCGUCGUCCGUCCCCCUUUUCUGUUUCACGCUGUUGAUGCUGGUCUACUUUUCGAACUCUUGAGUCACACUUCGCUUUUUUCGCAUUCAUAAAACCUGCCGGGGUUGGCCUCGGAGAGGCGGGCUGGUGGCUCCAGCGGCCUGUCCUGCUGGGAAGAGUGAGAGUUACUUGACUGGUGGCCCGAGAGACUCGGGUGAAUAUGGGUGUUGGGAGGGAGUCAUGUUGCACGCAAAUACUAUGCUAGCACCGACUCUGUGAACACAUUGCAGCUGACAACUGUGACUGGCUAGUCCUUUAAAGAUACCGCUGUGUCCCGUUUAGGACGGAUUUGCUCAUAGCUAGGUAGGGGCAGCACAGGAUUGGAGCAGUAGUUAUGCUUUCUUUCGGAUCAGUCCCAGGUGCUGGACCAGUAGCAGCUACUGCCUCACCUAGAAUUGCUGCUGCAAAGAGAUGGAGGAGAAGCCACUGCCGACCACAUGGCUGCAGUGUUGAGGAUCUGCGAAUGUGGCGGAGAGAACGUGAAUCAGCCCUGAGAAGUGCACGGAGGCUGCAGCAGUUGAUCAGCAAGCGGCUUUUAUGUGAAGACACCUUGACAGAUGAAGGGCAAAUUGGAACGGACAGUGAGACAGCGGCUCCUUUAUCUGAAGAAGAGGUUUCACAGCUGCUGAGAAACAUCCGAAGAGGAACAGAAGACAGGGCAACAUCUCUGCGUUCACUUCGACGAGGACUACAGCACAGAGAGACCCAGCAGAAAUUCAUCAGGCUGGAGGGCAGCAUGCGUUUGCUGAUAGGUCUCUUUACUGGCAAUCUGGCAGAUCUGCAGAUGGAAGCAGCUCGCUGUUUACAUGAACUCUCACACUCCAGUGACCCGGAUGUGGUUGAAGCAUGUUUGCCAGCAUCCUCCUAUCUCCUGACCUACCUCUCUGGACACAGUAUAGCCCUUAUAGAGCUGUGUUUGUACACAUUGGGGAACUUGGUGGUUGAGAUGAAGGCUGUGAAGAAACAACUUCUACCUCAGGGCAUUAUCCCAAUACUGGCAUCCUGCAUCCAUUCCCCUCAUGUGGUGGUGCAGGAAGGUGUUGGCUACGUUCUGUCACAGCUCUUGCAGUCUAGAGAAGCUCCAGCUGAAAUCAUACCCUUGGUCCUAGAUUCCACUCUCCCGCAAGAUAUGCUCCACUUAGUUUGUUCCAACCUGGAAGAGGGAAUAGGAGCUGCAGUGGAAUUUGCAUGGGGUCUUCACUACAUUAUUUGUAGCUGUGUGAACAACUCACUGCUGAUCUCCCUAAAGACUGUGCCAGCCCUAGUACAGUUGUUGCUGGAACUGGCUUCUGCAAUAUCAACAACUUCUGCUGAGGGUGUGGAACUGUUAAUAUGUCCUGUGGUGCGGUGUGUUGCCAAUCUUCUUGCAGAAGAUGAGGUCGGUGAUGGUGAACUACUAAUAGAGGAAGAGUGCCUUCUGAGGGCCUUGUUUGUGUUCAUAGAGUACCUCCUUCCGAAACAUCUCUUUGUUGUACAGGAGUGUCUGUGGCUCAUCAACAACCUCACAGCUGACAGCAUCGUAUCAUGCUCUGCUCUGCUCAACCCAGACCUCUUUCAAUCUCUGCUGAAGCUCUUAUGUUCUCAGAGGCUGAGCUUGCUGGUUUUAACAGUACUGUGCAACAUAGCUGCUAAGGGUUCUGCCUGCUGCCAGAUGCUGCACCAGAAGGCUGUACUUCCUCCUCUUAUUAGCAUCCUUGCCCUUCCUGAUGCCCAGGUGGUGGUGCAAGAUCUUGAACUACUGCAUCUCCUCUUCCUUCACUGGCCAGAGGUAGAAAUUGCACUUAGUGUAUCUGCUAAUCCUGCAUUCCCUAAAGGCUUAAGCUCAGCACUAACUUUGGUCUUCUCUUUCUUGGCCCAGGCUGCCACUGACUUUGUAGCUCAGUCAGGACUACAGGCGCUAGAACAGCAUCGGGAUAACCUACAGUUGCAAGAACGAGUCAGUGCUCUCAUUUGGACUGCCAGCCAGCCAGCUGCUCGCUGUCAGGAUUUUCCCCUUGGUGCUUCAGCUGAAGAUCUACAGUUUACUUCCUAUCAAAGCUGAGAUGGUACAUACAAAGUAGCUGUGCUGGCUUGUUGCCAAUGGACCUUUGAACAGAGCACUGCCUUUCUCCUUUUUUGAAGAGCAGUAUUAGUAAAUAUCCCUCCCUCCCUAAGGGGAGUCUUGUUCUAUGAUGUUCACUAUCCUUUAAACUAUUAUUAUUAUUAUUUAUUGAAUUUUUAUACCACCCCACUAGCAUAGCUCUCUGGGCAGUGUACAACCAUUACAAUAAAUACAAUAGAAUCACACAGAACAAUACAAAAAAUAUAAAUGCAAAUCCACAAUCUAAAACCAAUUAAAACAUGUUUAAGAAAAGCUAAAAUGCCUGAUAAAAUAGGAAGGUCUUGACUUGGCGCCGAAAGGAUAGCUAAGGAUAGCCAAAACUAAUUAGCCUAGCACUGGAUGUAUGGAGAUGAACAGUAGAUUGUGGGAAGAAUCAACGUGCAAGAGAGCAUCUUGGCUUAAACAAGAUAUUUGAACUUUAUUUUCUAAGUUGAAUUAUUUUAUAUGCAAGCUACACAUGAAGUGUUCUACGUCUGGAAUUGGACUCAAAUGCGGGUGCCAUUUGUUAUCUUCAUGCUUUGCUGUUAACAACAUUCUCCAAGGCUUUGGCAACUUGGUCCACAUUUAGGUUAAUCAAUGACACACUCCUCUCUCUGCCAAAAGCUGAGGAAAUACAGAAAAGUUGGAUGAAAUACACAUCCCAUGGAUUAUCUUCAUUUGAAGAAACAAUUUCAGAAAUUCAGUCAAAUUCUUAACCUGUGUCUCUGACUAGACAAAGAUGCAUAUGUACUCCCAGGAAUAAAACAGAGAGAAUGCACAUGCAUAGCAGCCUCACUUUUCUACAACUUCAUUGGACAAGCAAUGUUAGAGGACAAAAUAGGUCCAGCACAAGAAAUGCACAAUUUUGCUCCAUUUCUACUUUCAGGUAGUUGCUGCAUUAGAAACUGCAAUACAGUACCAAAGGGGGAGGUGUCAUUCUACCUACAACGUGCUUGCUGGAUGUGCUAGAACAGACUUUCCCCAAUAAAUUAUGCCACAAACAGUUGUUUUUCAUCAGAGCUGAUAUUCACUUCUGCUCCAGUGUGGUGAACAAGAUCCAGCCAGGAGGCUGAAUCCUUAGCUCCCCACACACGCUGUGGGUUGCCCACUUGUUAAUCACCUGCCAUCAAGUGACUUAAUGUCAAAGGAAGAAAUUGGGAGCAUGUGUCUGAUUCUUUUUUUCCUUUGCAGCCUAGAUUGAGUUCAAGCUGCAUCUACAAAGAAAAAAAUAUUCCUCUGCAGGUAUGGCUGGAAUCCAAGCCACACCUGCAAAGGAAGAUCCUUGCUCCAAGUGGGGCUUGCAUUUGUUGCAGAGUUUAAAAGGCAUCAAACGCAAAUCCAAGUUGUAGAACAGUCGGAAGUACACUGUAACUCUGAUUGUUAUUUUGCAGCUGCAGCUUUUUAGCUGCCCCACACCAAUGUAUGUGGGCUUAAUUUGGCCUGCAAGCCAAAAGUUCCCUCAGCUGGUUUAAAUUUUAAACUGAGAGUAGGGGACUGAUUAAAUGAUAAAAAACCUGGUAAAAGAGUAUAUCAGUGACACCAAGCCACAUUCAGACAUGCAGUAGCCUUCACAACCAGCAAGUCUCACCUCCCUGCCAAAGAGUUCUGAAAUCUAAGUGGCUUCAGUAUUCAGCUAAAGGAGACAAACUGAAUUGAUCAUUCACUCCACAGGGACCUAGGCAGUCAGGUAAAAUUACCAUCCUGUCCAUGAUGAUACUGUUUUAACAUCUUACUUCAGAGUAAGUGCAAAACAAACACUCUUGGCACAGGCCCAAGGUUGGUCAUUUGCCCAAUGCAGGUAAUAUUGUCUAAUUUCUUUGGCUGUGAAGCACUGAAAGCCUGUUGGGUGAGACGCCCCCACACCUGCUAAAGCCAGAAGAAAGGUUUUCAUUAUCCUCUCUGGCUACUGCGAACACUGCAGAAUGCUGUAGGAAUGACACCACUCAGUCAGUGUUUAAAGAAGGUACUGAAGCAUAUGACUCAUCAACACUAGUUGCCAUUAAGGAAAACAUUGCCAAGUCCUAGUCAAGGUGCCUCCUUGAGCCAGGAGUUAGUAAUACAGAGUCAGGGGCCUCAGCCUGAAUUAAGUCAGGACAAGCUGAUUUGUUUACUUUAAAACUUGGUCUGUUCAACUUAAAUUUAGGCGCUUUUAAGUUCCUUUUUUGGAAGAAAAUGAAUGGGAUCAGCAUUUUUGCCAUGGCCUAUGUGUUCAAUUAACUUUCUGGCAGUCAUAGACCAUUCCUCCCUACUCACUUAUCUCAAGUUUAUCACACUUCUCUUCCUCCCCUCUGCACUGCAGUAGUGCAGCAAUAUAGUAGUCCAUCAGUAGUAAGUCAUGAACAAAAUAAACUUUUCUAACUGAUUUUUUAAAAUAUUUUUUGUUUAAAAAUUCUGAAAGAUAAACUUGGGGCGGGGAAGACCUGGGCACACAAAUUUGGAAUAUUUCCCACAGUUCUAUCAGAAAUGUACCACUUCUGUUUCCACUAGACUCUUCAUGUAAGGUGCCAGCGCAAUAUUUGAAAAUCCCACCCGCCGAGGUUUCUUCGUUUUGAUAGAAAAAAUGUUCAGCUAGAUCAAAUCAUAUUGAAGUGAGAAUAUGACAGCAGAUUUGGACAGCAGCAGCAGAAGGUUCAAGUGGCUUGUUGGGCUUAAGUUGCUCAGAGAAAUGUUUGCUAGUGUCCUUCAACAACAGGAAUCCAGGCAGGGUAGAAAAGGCACAGAGCUAUUUAGAAUAACUGUUCAGCUUUAUUCUUCUAGAAAAUCAAUACUUGAGCUGCUUAACACAUUGUUUCUAUCUUACUUAAUAGCAAACAUCACAGAAAAUUCUGUCCCAACUCACGGUAUCUAGCCCAGAGCAUGGGUUGCACAUCUGAGCACUCUCUGAUCAGGAUAGGGAAAUCUGGAUUUGCCUUCUUCAAAGUCACAUAAUGUUGUUCAAUGAAGUCUCUGCAAAGAAGAAGCCAACACAUACCAACAUGUGUCAGAUUGAAGGUCUUCCACUCUUUCAAGUCACCAACACAACAGAAACAAGUUGUGCUGCAGUUGUGACCUUCAUUAUAAGUCAGUAAGACACAGAUAAUGGCUUUAAAGAGUCAAGCAUUCAGAGAAUACUUUCUCCAUCAAUUUAGCCGAAGCAGAGGUUUUGAAGGCAUGUUCUAGGAGCCUUGAUAUCUUCUCACAUCAACAGAGAGUGUCCUAGGACACAUCUGAACCCUCCAGAUUGGUAGUGCUAGGUGAAGUGUCUGUUCAGAGUAACUCCUCCAAUAUUACCUGUUUCCCACUGAAGAACAUUAUACAUUCCUAAGAAAACCACUUUUCCAUGAACAGAGUUUGAAAAACUGAGCUAAAAGCUCAGCAAGGUGUGAAGUAGCCUAUCUUUUGUAUGAGAUGUAUAUCAUUCCUUUCUUAAAGUUAUUCUAGUAGUGUAAGCUACUGAAUAGUACCCUUUGAUAUAAACAAGUAUCUAUUAAAAGAUAGGAACUGCCUCAGGAGAAGGACUAUGAGGGGAGAGAGACUCUGUUGCCAUCAGGGGAGGCUGUUUCCACCUGCCUCGCCCCAGCCUUCAAAAGGGAGCUGCCUCAGGAGAAGGACUAUGAGGGGAGAGAGACUCUGUUGCCAUCAGGGGAGGCUGUUUCCACCUGCCUUGCCCCAGCCUCCAGCCUUCAAACGCAGCUUCUUUAGGAGGACUUUCUGAUCUUUGGGUUGGGGGAUAGCUUCUAGUUUGUUGUUUAGUUUUAUUGCUUGUUUUUUGAUGUUUAUAUACUUUUAUGUUUGAUGUUUAUAUGCCUUUAUUUUGUACGUUGCUCAGA